AUGCUUAAACAACCACUUCGUCCGGCCGGGACGACUAAAGGCCCCGAAACACAGCGGCAUCACCAUAUCGGGGAACCGGCAGGAACGAUCCCCAUCGUAGUCCGGAUCGGCUGCGCGGCAAAUCUCCUGGGGCUGUUUCCCCUCUACUUGACAAUACAAACAGCAGCCCAGCAUCAUCUGGAGGUCGCUCUCAUACCGACUCAGCUCCUCAUCGCAGACCCGAGCCUGAUUCAGAACCUCCCUCGGUCCAGUAAAGACCAUUUCGCUAGCGCUAGGGCGUACUUCAGCAUUGUUAUCCUCUUCCGGCUCUGGGCUCGAGCUACGGAUACGCUUGGGGAGAUGGAACUGCAUACCGGGUGGCCGGCGUUCACAGUAGUAUUCGGGACAGACACCACAGAGCUUAUCGUCUUCCAUACACCACUGCCAGUCAGCCUUCUUAUUAAGAAACUGGCUAAGGAUCCCGCGCAAACAGUGCUACUGUAUGAGAUAUAA